AUGACGGGCGAGAAGAUGACUUUUAUUAGAUAUAUUAUCCUCGUAUUCUCAAUUCUUCUAAGCACGUCUAUCUACAGUAGUCAACAAGCCCUCAGCUUUACGGUAAUUUGUAUGCAGGAUGUAGUAACAUCUCAAACAACAAAUGGCACAGAAAACAGUCACUGGCUGAAUGAUCCUAAGAGGAAAAAUCUCCUUUUCUCGGUUGUGGCAGUGGGACAACUCAUCGGAACUAUUCCCAUAGUUCCUGUUAUGCAAAAAAUUGGACUUAGGUACACCUAUACUUUCUAUGGUCUUGUAGCUGCAUUUACAACUCUUUCCAUUCCGUUAGCAGUUGAAUUUGGUCACUUUUUUGUUGCACUUGCCAGAGUGCUGCAGGGUUUCGCUCUGGGGGUGGCUUUCGUCACUGUAGGAGCAAUAACAUCCCACUGGUCCGUGCUUCGCGAAUCUGGGACAUAUAUCGCCAUUUUGUCAUGCAGCCCACAGCUUUCUUCAGUUAUAUCUAUGCCGCUUGCAAGCGCAUUCUGUGAAUCUUCACUUGGUUGGAGGUAUCUCUACUAUACUCUUGGUGCCGCUGGAUUGCUUUUUUCGACAACAUUUUUUCUAUUCUAUGAAGAUGACCCAAAAAACCACAGAAUGGUUAGUUCAAGAGAGUUGUCUGCAAUCACUACUGGUAAAGAGCAACAAUCUGAGAGGGAGAAAGUUCCUUACAAAAAGAUAUGUGCCGAUCGGUGUAUGCAAGCUGUUCUCUUCACGACAUUCAGUGGGAACACUGCUUUCUUCACUUUCCUGCAUUUUGGUCCUACUUUUAUGAAUAUGACGCUCGGUUUUGAUAUCACUGAGACUGGCUACUCCACUGCGUUACCAUACGCUUUAUGCGUACUGUUGAAGAUCAUAGCUGGGCCGUUGUUUGACAUUUUAACAUUUAUACCUGAGAAAUAUCGGCUGAUUAUGUUUGCAUCAGUCUCACAGGGUGCAAUGGCGAUCUGUUUCUGCGUUUUGUCCCAGAGUGGAAGUAGGUUGAUGGCUCAAGCUGCGUACAGCGGCGCAGUCGCUUUCAACGGCUUAAACAUCGUUGGCUCUAUCAAAUGUGCUCAAAUGGUCGCCAGACAACAUGUGCACUUUGUUAUGGUAUGCAUCACAAUUACGGGAUGCAUUAUUUCCUUUAUACUACCAGGAAUUGUUGCAGUUUUAUGCCCUCAUAACACCGUCCAUGAGUGGUCGCGUCUAUUCCUUGGCAUCAGCGUCUUUGUCGUCUUCGCCAACAUUCCAUUUCUGUUUCUCGCUAGAAGUGAACCUGCACCGUGGACUAAGUCGACGCCAAACUACAGACUUAGUGUGGAUCAAAGCUUCAGAUCAACAGCUGAAGCCGGGAAAUCCAUUGUGCCGCCAACAGUUGCAUCCGGCAGACCAAGGGAUGCGACACAAGAAGUCUCUGUCGCAUGA